UUUUAAUCAUUUCGUUUUAAUCUCAUUCUGUGCUCUUUUCAUUGACAAUCUAGUGGAUUUAAUUUAGUUAAAAAUGACCAUUGGUAAAUUGUGCUUUCUUUUGGUAACCAGUUUAAUUCUGGUCUCUGGGCAAUCUUACAAUUUAAAACCAGAAUUCAAAUUAAUCGGACCUGAUGAAUUAACCGCUUUUCUAGUUGAUAGACUCGGUGGUCAAGUUAGUUGGAAUCUAACAAAUUGGGAUAAACGAUCAGAUUCAGAGGUGAAGGAUAUUUUUGCGAAACACAGUUUAUCUCAAAUUAAUCCAGUUCCUUGUCUCGAAGUUAAUUGUAAGAAAAAGUACAUUCAAGCCUCCGAAGGUACAGGAAAUAUAAGCUCGAACCUUUCGGACGGUAACCAGACCACCGAUGCCACAAGUCAGAUUAACGCGAACUCAUUGUUUCAAUUGUUCUUGGAGAGGGAUAGUAAAGAGGAAGCCCAUUGUUUAGUGGCCUCCGUCAACAGUACCUUUGCCAACGAAGGGCAAGAUUUCAAGUACACGGUUUCGAAAAGCGUUUCCUAUGGAGGUGGAGUUCGAUUGAGACCAUUAAUGGAUCCAAAGGAGGAAAAUCCCGAAAAUGCUCCUCGUCAAAUGGAAGUCGAUGAAAAUGGUCAAGUUCAGUUACACAUAAUUCGAGCUACAAGCAAAUCGAAACUCGAAGAGUCAACUGAUUCCGAAAAUUAUUCUGAACGAUUAAUUAAAAGAAACGAGGUUUCUGCCACCGUGGUCACUUUUGAUACAGAAAAUUGUCACAAUUCCGUUGAAAAUGUCGAAUGUGACACUUUGGCUCGAGUUUAUCAUCACAUUAAGUCAACCAGUGAACGGAAAGUGACCUACAAAGAUAAAAGUAAAAGCUAUAAAACCGAAAGCUAUGGAACCAUAAUCACUAUCGUUAAAAAAGCUUGAUUGCCACAAUUUAGUGAAGGAAACAAUUAAAAAUUCUGUCCAUUAUGAUUAUAAUUACGAGUAUUACAUUGUAUCAUUGGAGGAAAAUUAAAUCAUUUGUUUCAUCAAGAAACAAUUAACAGGCUGGAUAAGUGCAAUUAACAAAUAUUUACACAUUAAUGUAAUCAGAAAAUUAAUUAUAAUCUUUGAAAACAAUUAAUAAAUUACAAUAAAUAUAAA